UUCUCCCCAUUUUUCUAAAGCUUUUGACAAAUAUGAAGCUCAGCUUUGCAACUCUCUUGCUUUGUUCCCUUCUCCUCAGCUCCUCUUUCCUGGAGCCUGCCUUUGCUGGAUCACCCUUCUGUGAUGCCAAAUGUGCGACGAGGUGCAGUAAAGCGAGCGAGAAAGUGAGGUGCUUGAAGUACUGCGGAAUUUGCUGUGAAGAAUGCAAGUGUGUUCCUUCUGGGACUUACGGCCACAAGGAUGAAUGCCCUUGCUACAGAGACAAACGUGACUCCAAGGGCCGGCCCAAGUGCCCUUGAGUUUCCCUUCUUCAUCAGAUCGGAGAUUGUUCAUUAUAGGACACUGGGCAAAAAUUGUAGUGCAUCACAUAACGUGUGGUGUUUCGAGAAACAUAUUUUAAAAGUAAUAAUAAA